AUGAAGGUGCCCCGGGCAGGACUCAACAUGGACGUAGUGGUGCUGGCACUUGGCGUGCUGACUGCAGUCGUUGGUGCCGUCUCGUACUGCCCAAACCGGUGCAUCUGUGAUGAUGAGAAGCUGCACGUGACGUGUGGUGAAGGUGAACUGGACGUGCUGCCGAUCGCGUUGAACCCCUCGAUCGGUCGGUUGGUGAUCAAGUUCAACCGCAUCAAAUCGAUCGACUCGUCGAUACAGUUCUACACCGAGCUGACGAUGCUUGAUCUGAGCUACAACCAUCUGCUCAGCAUCCCGGAGCGGAUCUUUAUGUACCAGAAGAAACUGCUGCAGUUGCAUCUGAACAACAACAAGCUCGGUGCCGUCACGAAUCGCACGUUCGGUGGACUGGACGAGCUGCGGGUGUUGAAUCUACGCGGGAACUUCAUCGAUGAGGUCGGACGGGAGAUGUUUAAGGCGCUUCAGAAGCUGGAAGAGCUAAAUCUUGGCCAGAAUCGGAUCGCAACGCUGCAUGCGAGUGCAUUCGAGGGAUUAGCUAACCUUCGGGUGCUCUAUCUCGACGAUAACUCGAUCAGCACCAUCCCAACGUUGUCCCUAACGCCUCUAAAGGGUCUAGCAGAGCUUUACCUCGGUACGAACUCGCUCUUCAAGGUGUUGCCGGGUGCGUUCGAAGGUCUAACGCAGUUACGUCGCCUCGACAUCCACGGUUCGAUGCUGGUAAACAUCACGACCGAAACGUUCCGUGGUCUCGAGAACAUCCGCUCACUCGACAUCUCCGACAACCACCUGCUAAAGGUGCCCACGGUGCAGUUGAGCGCGUUGCGACGCCUCGAGGACCUCACCAUCGGCCAGAACGACUUCGAAGUCAUCCCCGAGGGUGCCUUCUUUGGGCUGGCAAACCUUAAAUCCCUGGACAUCUCAGGCGCGCUAAACCUCCGCCAGAUCCAGUCCGGUGCAUUCUCAGCCAACCCGAACCUGGAAUCGAUCACGAUCGCAUCGAACAAGGAACUGCAGGAGCUCGACGAGGGUGCCUUCGCUGGAUUGCCCCACAUCCGGAAGGUUUCGCUGAGGGACAACAAAAUCACCACCUUCCACGAGGAGUUGCUACCGUGGAAGCACCUGGUAGAGUUCGACCUGACGGAAAACCCUCUCGUGUGCGAUUGCAACGUGCUGUGGUUGAGGAAUCUCCUCCAACGGCAGAGUCCAGACGCACAAGAGAACGCUCAGGUCGUGUGUAGUGGCCCCGAUCGAUUGCAUGGCGAGUUGCUGCGUGAGUUGACGCCUGAUCUGCUCGGAUGUCAACAUCUGCAGUCGAAGGAACGCGCCAUCUUCGGAGCGAUCAUUGUCGCAUCGGCUGCAAGCGUCACUACGUUAGUGCUGAUCGUGUACCGACUGCGUCAUCGCAUCCUGGACUUACUCCGACGAAUGGGUUGGGGUGGUAGCAACAAACGCGCCACAUUGCACGAGGAAAAGGACGUCGAGGUACAGAAGUCACUCGGGGAGGUCGAGUACCAUCAGCCACACUGCAAUAUCUACACGUACAACUACCACCCGGCGUACAGGAACUAUCAGCAUCCAUUCGGUGGUCAGUACACGCUACCGUAUCCGCACUAUCAGUCGCACGGAACCGCAUCUGGUUCCGGUAGUGGACAUGCUGGGUCGGCGACUCUUCAACAGCAGCAGCAACAGCAGCAGUCGCAACAGCAUCAUCUUCACCAACAGCAACAACAGUCGGUGAACUCCAUCGUGGCCGUAUCGGGUGUGUACGGAGGACAACAGUUGUCUCAUCAUCAUCCACACCAGCAACCACCGUUGCCACAAACACCCAAGGGUACGCUGAGCACUUCGUCAUCUACAACGUCCUCUUCGACGUCUUCAUCGGCGCUUUCGUCCAGCGGUUCGACCGUAUCCGGUGCGUCAGCACUGACCCAAUCUUCGACGAUCUACUCGCCCCAGUACGCCCAUCACAUAUACGAAGUGCCCAAGAACGUGUCCGACACCUAA